UAUACUAGAGCUAACUACCUAUACAGCUAUUGAAAAUAAUAAUAUAGUUUUAGAGCAAGAUGAAGUUUUGGUAUCUUCCCAAUUAUCAAAUAGUGAGAAACUAGAGAUUGGAUCAAUGAUUGAUCUGUUAAAUACAAAUUUUG